AUGGCCAAGUGCCUUCUCAGCAAAUCCCAUUUCCUCCACUGCCCUCGAACCGGGGGCGUUGCAUCCAUGGAGGUCCUUUCGUUCCGAGCCACUGCCCGUCAUAAGACUAGCGUGCGCCAUUUUUCUAAAUCAUGGAGACAAUAUCAAGACAAUCAUGAAAACAACAAAAAGAGUGGGUUUGGAUCUCGCCUGAGUUUUGCCCUACGAAAUACCAAGGUGGAGUGGUACCCCAUCCCUGUGGGCCUGGGCAUCGGCUUGCUAGGAGUUCUAAGCUUCUACAAAUCACAGCGCGCAGAGCGUGAUCGUGAAGCCCGUGAAGCUGCUGGAGAAGAUUGGGAAGAUGGAAGAAGGCCACCUCGUCGCCCGCGAGUUGUGCCAACUGGGUCCUGGCAGGUUCAGCUCCUAUCCACUCUACCCCUGAAGGCCAUGUCGCGGUGGUGGGGUCGUUUCAACGAAAUUGAGCUACCUUACUAUUUCCGUGUACCUGGAUUCAAGCUUUACUCAUGGGUCUUUGGUGUCAACCUCAGUGAGGUUGCGGAGCCUGACCUGCACACCUAUCCCAACCUCGCAGCCUUCUUUUAUCGCAAGCUGAAACCCGGUGUGCGCCCUCUGGACCCUGACCCACGAGCCCUAGUAUCCCCAUCCGACGGUCGUAUUCUGCAAUUCGGCACGAUUGAGCGAAAUGAGGUGGAGCAGGUCAAGGGUAUGACCUACAGCUUGGAUGCAUUGUUGGGAUCGGCUACACCAUCGCAUGCCGACCACAGCAAUCGGCUUACUGAUUCAAAGACAGAAGGAACUCAAAAUGAUGCGGAGAACAUGAUAUCUGAUGAAGACUUUGCACGCUUGAACGGAAUUUCAUAUACUAUCCCGUCCCUGCUCUCCGGAGACACCCACAAACAAGCUUCGAUUGAUGCCUCUACUCAUUCUAAGGCCACCUCUGAGGCCAAAGUUCAGGAGGAACUGGCCCGCGGGGAAGGCACCCCAUGGUACGCGCCCAAGGCGGCUGCUAAUCACGGUCUCUUCUACAUGGUGAUUUACCUGGCUCCUGGUGACUACCAUCGCUUCCACUCUCCAGCUGCCUGGGUGGUCGAGAGCCGCCGCCACUUCGCUGGUGAGCUCUACUCUGUGUCUCCGUAUUUGCAACGCCACCUCCCAGGUCUAUUUACUCUGAAUGAGCGUGUGGUGCUCCUCGGUCGCUGGCGCUGGGGUUUCUUUAGUUACACACCUGUGGGCGCGACCAAUGUGGGCUCGAUAAAAAUCAACUUUGACUCCGAAUUGCGCACCAACAGUCUGCUGACCGACACUGCUGCUGAUUUAGCCGCAGCUCAGGCGGCCGAGCGAGGGGAGAAAGAUCCUGGGUUCGUGGAAGCCACUUACCGCCAUGCUAGCAAGACCUUGAAUGGACAUCCUUUGCAACCUGGCGAGGAAAUGGGUGGAUUCCAACUUGGAAGCACCGUCGUUCUUGUGUUCGAGGCACCGCUAGGCAAGAAAUCUGUUGACGCAGAUUCGGACCAGAACGCCGGCGGUUGGACAUGGAGUGUUGAGAAGGGUCAACGUAUCAAAGUUGGUGAGAAGCUAGGGUUUGUGGAAGAAGCCUAA